AUGGUGCCAGUUCUGAAGGUCCUUCUGUUCCUCACCCUGCAUCUCUUGCAGGACACAAAAAGCUUCAAGGUCCAUCUCAACAACAAUGGAUAUGAGGGUGUGGUCAUUGCAAUUAACCCCAGUGUACCAGAGGAUGAAAGACUCAUCCCAAGCUUAAAGGAAAUGGUCACUCAAGCCUCUACUUACCUGUUUGAAGCCAGCCAAGGAAGGUUUUACUUCAGGAACAUAAGCAUAUUAGUCCCGAUGACCUGGAAGUCAAAAUCUGAGUACUUGAUGCCAAAACGAGAAUCAUAUGACAAAGCAGACGUCAUAGUUGCCAAUCCUCAUCUGAAAUACGGAGACGAUCCCUACACCCUUCAAUAUGGGCAGUGUGGGGACAGAGGACGGUACAUACAUUUCACUCCAAACUUUCUGCUCACUGAUAACUUGAGUAUCUAUGGACCCCGAGGCAGAGUCUUCGUCCAUGAGUGGGCCCAUCUCCGGUGGGGAGUGUUUGAUGAGUAUAAUGAGGACCGGCCUUUCUACAGAUCUGGAAAGAACACUAUCGAAGCGACAAGGUGUUCUACCGACAUCAAGGGCUCUAAGGCGGUCCAUGAGCGCCAGAGAGGCAGCGAUGUGAUAAGGUUAUGCCGAUGGGAUUCGAAGACAAAGCUGUAUGAACCCAAAUGUAAAUUUUUCCCAGACAAAACUCAGACUGCCAGGGCCUCCAUAAUGUUCAUGCAAAAUCUCAAUUCCGUGGUUGAAUUUUGCACAGAAAAAACCCAUAAUACGGAAGCCCCAAACCUACAAAACAAAAUAUGCAAUGGCAGAAGCACGUGGGACGUAAUCAAGGAGUCCGCUGACUUUCAGCAUGCCCCUCCCAUGAGAGGAACAGAAGCCCCUCCUCCACCCACGUUUUCCUUGCUCAAGUCCAGAAAGCGAGUGAUCUGCUUGGUGCUGGAUAAAUCCGGAAGCAUGGACACAGAAGACCGCCUUGUUCGAAUGAAUCAAGCAGCAGAACUGUACUUAACUCAAAUUGUUGAAAAGGAAUCUAUGGUUGGAUUAGUCACAUUUGACAGCACUGCCCAAAUCCAAAAUUACCUGAUAAAAAUAACUAAUACCGGUGACUAUGAGAAGAUCACCAGAAACCUCCCUCAGCAGGCUACUGGGGGGACUUCAAUCUGCAGGGGACUGGAAGCAGGAUUUCAGACAAUUACCUCCAGUGACCAGAGUACUUCCGGUUCUGAGAUUGUAUUGCUAACAGAUGGGGAAGAUGAUCAAAUAAGUUCAUGCUUUGAGGUGGUCAAACACAGCGGUGCGGUCAUUCACACCAUCGCCCUGGGGCCUAAAGCUGCCCGAGAACUGGAGACUCUGUCGGACAUGACAGGAGGGCUUCGCUUUUAUGCCAACAAAGAUGUGAACAGCCUGACGGACGCUUUCAGUGGGAUUUCCUCUGCAAGUGGCAACCUCUCCCAGCAGGCUCUGCAGUUGGAGAGCAAAGCCUUCAAUAUUGGAGGGGGGACAUGGAUAAAUGGUACAGUACCUGUGGACAGUACCAUCGGCAACGACACUUUCUUUGUUAUUACCUGGACAGUACAAAAGCCAGAAAUUAUUCUUCGAGAUCCAAAAAGAAAAAAAUAUACAACCUCAGAUUUCCAAGACAAUAAACUAAACAUUCGGUCUGCUCGACUUCAAAUACCGGGCACUGCAGAGACAGGAACUUGGACUUACAGCCUCUUCUAUAAGGGGGUCAAACCUCAGUUGCUAACUGUGACAGUGACCACUCGAGCCAGAAGUCCCACCACGCAGCCCCUCAUGGCCACCACUCACAUGAGUCAGAGCGCAGCCCAGUACCCUAGCCCGAUGAUUGUGUAUGCACGAGUCAGCCAAGGGUUUUUGCCUGUUCUGGGAGCCAAUGUCACAGCUGUCAUAGAAUCUAAAAAUGGAAGUCGAGUCACCCUGGAGCUCUGGGACAACGGGGCAGGUGCUGACACAGUCAAAAAUGAUGGCAUCUACACGAGAUAUUUUACAGAUUAUCAUGGAAAUGGUAGAUACAGCUUAAAAGUGCGUGUCCAGGCGAGAAAGAGCAAAGCCAGACUAAGUUUAAGACAAAAGAACAAGUCUUUAUAUAUACCUGGCUAUGUUGAAAAUGGUAAAAUUAUACUGAAUCCACCCAGACCGGAAGUCCCAGAAGAAGCUACAGAAGCUGCAGUGGAAGACUUCAGCAGACUAACCUCUGGAGAAUCAUUUACUGUGUCCGGAGCGCCCCCUGAUGGCGACCACGCUCAUGUGUUCCCACCCAGUAAAGUCACAGACCUGGAGGCCGAGUUUAAAGGUGAUCAUAUUCACCUUACGUGGACGGCCCCUGGCAAGGUUCUCGAUAAAGGAAGAGCGCAUAGAUACGUCAUCAGAAUGAGCAGGCAUCCUCCUGGUCGCCAAGAUUUUAACGACGCUACUUUAGUGAAUACUUCCGGCCUGAUACCUAAAGAGGCUGGCUCAGAAGAAACGUUUAAAUUCAAACCAGCAAGUUUUAAAAUAGAAAACGGCACCCAGCUCUACAUUGCAAUUCAGGCCGAAAAUGAAGCCGGUCUCACCUCCGAGGUCUCCAACAUCGCACAGGCUGUCAACUUUAUUCCUCCAGAACAUAGUUUCUCUACACUCAGCCCUGAUAUUUCUGCAAUCUGUCUGACAAUUUGGGGGUUAACUGUGAUUCUUAACAAUAUUUUAAACUAGAAAAUAUACUAACACUAAAGUCCAAUCUUGUACAUAUUUGCUAAGUGUUUCUUUAGAAUGAGUUUACUAAACUCAAUGUCUGCCUGUCAACAAUUGUAAUAUAGAAGUUCAUAUUCAAAGUCGGGAAUUCCCUGAGUUAAGUAACACCAAUUCUUCUGCUGUAUGUAAAUCAAGAUGAACAUUUGCUCAUUUGGUCUCUUAAU